CUCACAUCCAAUCAGCAUGCUUUGCCCUUGAUGCUUUGGCGGCUGGCCAUCCUUUCUGCAGCGAUCGCAGAUGUGGGUGCUGCGGCCAAGUACCUCUACCUGAUCCUGAACUUUCCACACCGAAUCAUCCGAAUGGACAUGGAUGGCCAGAAUCAGGUGGUGCUGUUGGACGGCUUGGGCCACCCGCACGGAAUAGCAGUGGAUGACCUCCACAAGAAGCUGUACUUCGGGGUUUCGGAUGACAAGUCCGACAGACUCAUGCGAUCCGAUUUGACGGGUCGCAACUUGGAGGAGCUGGUGGAGGAUGUUCACCUCGGUGGUGUCGCAGUUGAUGCUGUGAAUCAACACAUCUACUGGACCGAGUUGAGCGAGGGACGAGUCCAGCGCUCGAAGUUGGACGGUUCAGAGGUUGAGACACUGGUGACUGACUUGCAAGACCCAGGUGGCCUGGACUUGGAUGUCGCCGCAGGGCGGCUCUACUGGUGCGACCAAGAUGGUUGGGAUGCGGACUCCAAGGGCAGGAUUCAAACGUCUUUGCUCAAUGGCUCUGGCUUAUCGGUGCUCCAUGAAGCGCGAUUUCCAAUGGAUCUAGCCUUGGAUGCUGCCAAUCAAAAACUGUACUGGACGGAUGCGGGGACCUUUGAACUUACUCGCUGUAAUUUGGAUGGUACGGAGGUCGAGGUGAUUCAAAAUAAAUCGGAAGCUGUGAACCAGUCUGCCAAAAAAGGGAGACACAUCACUGGCUUGCUGGACCCCCAUGGCAUCCUGCUUGACCACAGAGGAAAAAUCUAUUUCACUUUGCUUGGCACCGCAUACAGCACCAAGAUUGGUGGGCCAUCAAUAUCUCGCAAUGGCAAGUUGCAGCGAUGCAACCUGGAUGGCAGUGAGUUGGAGACACUCGCGGAGUUUGGUUCCACGCAGCCUGUAUCCCUUGCACUUAGCGCUGUUGAUGCCGAAAUUGGCAUGGACGGUGAACUUUGAUCCUGGG